AUAUAUAUAUAAAUAUAUGGUGUGGUAUGUGUGUGUGUAAUAUAUAUAUAUAUAUACAUAUAUAUAUAAAUAUAUUCACUUCAAGUAAGUACUUGGAGUGCGGAAGCGGCGGCCACUGUUUGAACUGGCCGACUUAUUUAUACACCGACCUUUAAAAACAACGAAAGUACACACAUAUAUAUUUGUAGAUAACUCACAUAUACACAUUCAUACAUAUAUACUCACACACAGAUAUAUAUAUAUACAUACAUACAUAUAUGUAUGUAUCUGUAAUUGAAGGAUUAAUUAGCGAACGAGAGAGAGAGAGAGGCGACACUAAUUAACACAAAUAGAAACUAACAACAACAACAACAACAACAUUUUUAACGGAGGUGAACAGGAUCCACCCUGAUCGCCCCAGGGUGCCGCCACUACAUUCAGGAUGAGCAACCAAAUAACGGCCGGUGUCUUUGAUAUCGACCUGGACGCGCCCGUAGCCGAAGAGGAAGAACUGUCCGACGAUGAUUGCUUCCUGGACGUUCAAAUACCGGAUGCACCUCCUUCCAGACAUUUGGAGAUGAAUGGUGAUAUGGAGACUGUUGAAUUGUCUGAUGAGACGGUCAAUCCCGGUCAGCACAAAGUUGGUCCACAAGACUUCCAGCUUCUACGAGUUCUUGGCAAAGGAGGUUAUGGAAAGGUUUUCCAAGUGCGUAAAGUGUCGGGAGAUGACAAAAGUCAGAUCUUUGCAAUGAAGGUACUUAAAAAGGCCACAAUAGCAAGAAAUGCAAAGGACACUGCUCACACAAGAGCAGAAAGAAACAUACUGGAAGCCGUCAAGCAUCCGUUCAUCGUGAAGUUGAUGUAUGCCUUCCAGACUGGUGGCAAGCUGUACCUGAUAUUGGAGUAUUUGCCUGGGGGGGAGUUGUUCACACAGUUGGAGAAGGAAGGAAUAAUCAUGGAGGAUAGUGCCUGUUUCUACCUGGGAGAGAUCUGUCUGGCCCUCGAGCACCUCCACUCUCUCGGAAUUAUCUACAGAGAUUUGAAACCAGAAAAUGUUCUUUUGGACAUCUUAGGUCACAUCAAGCUAACAGAUUUUGGGUUGUGUAAAGAAUCGAUUCAAGAUGGUGGGAUAACGCACACGUUUUGUGGAACAGUGGAAUACAUGGCUCCAGAGAUUCUGAUGCGGACGGGUCAUGGCAAAGCUGUUGACUGGUGGAGUCUCGGAGCAUUAAUGUAUGAUAUGUUAACAGGAUCACCACCAUUCACAUCAAUUAACAGAAAGAAAACCAUUGAAAAAAUAUUAAAGUGUAAAUUAAAUUUUCCUCCCUAUUUGACAAACGAAGCGCGUAACCUUAUCAAAAAGCUCUUGAAGAAGAACCCAGAGGAACGGUUAGGAGGUGGCAAGGAUGAUUCACGGCCCAUCAAGCUGUUGAAGAUAAUUGGGGUUGCUGAGGCCAGUCCUAUUAAGCACUUGAAGCGGAACUCUCUGGAUCGUAACGAUGCCACGCCCAUAAAGNAACAUUCAUUCUUCAGGCACAUCAACUGGAAGGAUCUUGCUGAUCGCAAAAUCGAGCCCCCGUUCCGGCCUAACAUUAGUGGAGAUGAAGAUGUUAGCCAUUUUGACAGUAAAUUCACCAGACAGACCCCUGUCGAUUCCCCUGAUGACACCAUUCUUAGUGACAGUGCUAACGAGUUAUUUCUGGGUUUCACAUAUGUGGCGCCAUCUGUCUUCACUGAAUUACUCAAAUCAAAGUCUCCACGUCGUCAACUGAUGGCUGGUUUCCGUGGACCAACAAGUCCAUCAAGCAUGGCCCCUUUGAUGGAUGGAUGCCUAGCAGGACAUAGCUCAAUGCGAGAUGACCCAGAAGCAAUGGACACAUCUUCUGUUGCCCUCACUGUACCAAAACGGUCUCGAUCACCAGCGAUAGCAGCCAGCAGCAGGGUAGACAACCCAUGCCCACCACUCGACAGUCGAGGCUCUCGUCCCAAUUACCGGCGGCACUGACAUUCAUUCAAUAUAGGAAACACUUUUACUACAAA